CUGAAAUGUGGGAACUGUGGUGAAGUUUCUGAAAAAUGGCAGUAUCUGCGACUGAUGGACAGUGCUCCCCUGAAAGGAGGCAGAGGAAGUGCCACUAUGGUGCAGAAAUGCAAGCUGUGCUCCAGGGAGAACUCCAUUGAUAUUUUAAGUCAGACAAUCAAGCCUUACAAUGCUGAAGACAGUGAGAAAUUCAAAACAAUAGUGGAGUUUGUUUUAGGUCUGGAACCAGUUGACUUUCAACCACAGGCAGGGUUUGCCGCUGAAGGUGCAGAAUCUGGCACACCUUUCAAUGACAUAAACUUGUUGGAAAAGGAUUGGAAUGACUAUGAUGAAAAAACAAAGGAAUCUGUUGGAAUCUAUGAAGUUACCCAUAAAUUUGUAAAAUGCUGAAGUUUGUACCCCUGAUAAGUCUUGACAUGCUUAUUGAUGAAGGAGCUGUAACCAUCAGAGACACAGUUUCCUUGGAGUUACUUUUCACAUGGCUGUACUUCAGAAAUGGAAACCUAAGUUGUACUUACUGUCCGCAGCAUGCCCUAAUAAAAUAUUUUCCACAG